UCACGUUCAUUUUUUGGUACACAAAAUUGCCCAUGCUCGGUACGUGAAUGCGAUUUCUCGAAUCACUUUUACGUGCGUUAUGAAUGAGGCGCAGUUUACAACGCACGGUUUACAAUCCCAUUGAAUGGAAAUUACGUCCUCACUAUUUUUGUCGUGUCAACUUGGCCAAAAAUUAGAUGUUUUAGGUUACUACUUGAUGUACGCAUUUUUUGAUAACUUUCAGUUAUCGAAACUAGAUUACUAGCUGCAUUUCGGCCAUUUAACCUUUACAUUUUGGUCAGCCAUAGCUGUUACAGAGAAGUGGGAGAGCCAGAAAAGUAGACUACAGAAGAUUAUAAAUCAGCAACAUGUCGGGUAUCGCGAUCACACGACUUUCUGAGGAGCGAAAAGCAUGGAGAAAAGACCAUCCUUUUGGUUUUGUAGCAAAGCCAACUAAGAAUGCUGAUGGUACAUUAAACCUCAUGAACUGGGAGUGUGCAAUUCCAGGGAAGCACUCCACACCAUGGGAAGAGGGAUUGUACAGACUGAGAAUGAUUUUCAAGGAUGAUUACCCGACAUCACCUCCCAAAUGUAAAUUUGACCCUCCAUUGUUCCAUCCGAAUGUGUACCCAUCAGGCACAGUGUGCCUCUCUCUACUGGACGAGGAUAAGGAUUGGAGACCAGCUGUAACAAUUAAACAGAUUUUGAUUGGCAUCCAGGAUUUACUCAACGACCCUAACAUCAAUGACCCAGCCCAGGCAGAAGCAUACACAAUAUAUUCACAAAACAGGAUGCAAUAUGAGAAGAAAGUGAAGGAGCAGGCCAGGAGAUGUGCUCCUACAAAGGAAAACCACCACCAGUCAAACAGCAAGGCAUAGGCCCGGCCACACCCCCUCGGCCUCCGCCCAACAAUAGGGAGCAACCAGCCAAUGAGCAAGAUGAACUAUCCCUACUGUCACACACAGAGAUAGAGAAAAGCCAAAUCACGAGUAUAUGGACUUCUUUUUACAAUUUUGAGGAUGGCUGCUGCAAAUUGAGCUUGUUUGAGCGUUUAGUGAAUGAACUACUACA